CUCCGACCAACUCUUAAUCAUGCCAAUCACAGAAGGCGCACCCGUCCACGGCGCUCCAGCCAAUCUCCUCCCACCGACCUUCAAAACCUCGAUCACAGCCUGGCUCGCCGAAGACACACCCUCAUUCGACUACGGCGGUUUCGUCGUCGGCAGCACACCUGUAACUGCCCAUCUACUCGCCAAGUCUCAAGGUGUCCUAGCCGGCGUUCCCUUCUUCGACGAAGUCUUCGCCCAACUCGGAUGCACAGUAAAGUGGAACGUCAAAGAGGGAGAGUUCGUCGGCGUGAAGGAGAAGAAAGAACAUGUCGCAACCGUCACAGGCCCGGCAAGAUGUGUACUCUUAGGCGAAAGAGUGGCGCUGAACUUGCUGGCAAGAUGUUCAGGCGUUGCAUCAGCAAGUGAGAGACUAUUGAGACUGCUGCGUGAGGCGGGAUACAAGAACAGUCUGGCGGGCACGAGAAAGACAACGCCGGGAUUUCGGCUGGUGGAGAAGUACGGCAUGAUCGUGGGAGGCUGUGAUCCUCACCGGCAAGAUCUGAGUACCAUGACGAUGCUGAAGGAUAAUCACGUUUGGGCUUGUGGAGGCAGUAUCACAACGGCUGUGCAUGCUGCGAAAGCUGCGGCUGGGUUCGCGAUCAAAGUCGAGGUCGAGUGCCAGAGUGAAGAGGAGGCGGAGACGGCAGUGAAGGCGGGAGCGGACGUGGUGAUGCUGGACAAUUUCACGCCGGAUGGAGUCAGAGUCGCGGCAGGGAAUCUGAAGGAUCGGUGGGGAAGAGGACGAGAGGCGAGGGUGCUUGUGGAGGUCAGUGGUGGGUUGACCGAGGAGAAUGUUAGAGACUAUGUGUGCGAUGAUGUGGACAUCAUUAGCUCGAGUAGUAUCCAUCAGGGCGUGAAACACGUGGAUUUCUCGUUGAAGGUCGUGCCGGUCGAGAAGGCGAAGGAGGUUUCCGGGAAUGGAGAGUCGGCGGAGGUCUGA